AUGGCCGGAACAUUGGUGCCCCCUUGGUUUGAGGCACCUACGCCUACCAACGAAGAACAAAAUAUCGUCAGCAUGCUCUGGGGUUUCAGCCUUGGAGUUGGACUCUGGAGUGGAUUUAAGGGAUCUCAACAAAGCAUGGCCAGCUGGCAGAGGACGCACCGAGUCAACACAUAUGUUUUGCUCAUCUGGACGGAAUGGAUGGCUAGUAUGAUCAUUGGUGUCGUUUCAUGGUGCUAUCUAACCUCUCUCAUCAACCCAAGUUUCGAGUACUUCUUCUUGUUACGUGAGUGCUGCUACGAAUACGAGAUACUUGAUAAGGAACUGAUGAUCAAUGUGUCGUGGUAG